CAGCAGUGCUUAGGACAUAGGGAUGAACCUUUACAAAUGGAACCAAGCACUAGUGUGGAAUUCAACCCUCGCCCGGAAGUGAAUUUCGGUUGAUUUCUUCCUCAGAUUGUCAUCUCACGCAGAUGUGGGUGUAAGUUAGAGUAGGUGAGUGCAGCUAAACAGGCUCGCGCUGUUAAACAUCAGAUUCAUGUAUAUUUACCUGUCAGUAGUGUCCAGUCCUCUUAACAUCGAUAUUUAAAGCGGUCUUCUGUCAUGGGCGUUUAGUAAGCGAUACAAAAAGCGGUCGCGAAUGUUAGUAAAUAGCGGACAGUAACGUUAGAUGUUGACAGCUGAGGACUUCACACCCAGAAGUGAUGCUGCAUCGCCAGAAUGAAGCCUUUCAUAUUUUAUUUAGUGUUAUUGGCUCCACUGUUUGCCCAUUGUGCGGUAAAACCAGUAUCUGUUGAAGAAGUAUCGAGAAAUGAGGAAGAGCUUCAAGAGUUUGAUGCGCUCAACUCUCUGCUGUCAGAUUUUGAGGUCUUGCCUGCAUCAGGACUCCAGCUGCACUCUGUCAGGAAGAGAGACACUGAUGCCCAUUCACAUGUGGAGCGGCUGGUCAGCUUCACAGCACUACAGAGGCACUUCAAGCUGUACUUGACAACAAACACACAACUUUUCACCGACAACUUCAGAGCUGUAUUCGUAGACGAGAAUGGAAAAGAGGACCAGUUUGAUGUUCAGUUACAGAAUUACUUUAAAGGACACGUAGUAGGAGAGGAGCACUCGCGUGUACAGGCACACAUAGACGGGGACGAGUUUUCAGCCCAUAUUAUUACUGAAGAAACUGAAUAUAAUGUAGAGCCCUUGUGGCGAUUUACAGAGACGCCUCCUGAUGGCCGUUUACUAGUGUACCGUUCAGAGGACAUUAAGAACAUCAGUCGGCUGUCUUCACCUAAAGUGUGUGGAUAUGUGAACGCUGAUGCCCAAGAGCUCCUGCCAGAAGAGGCAAGAGCAGCUGAACAGACAGAAGAAAUGAAUGAGGAGCCUCACAACAGAGAGAGGAGAUCCACACAUGACCAGAAGAAGAACACUUGCACGCUGCUGUUAGUGGCAGAUCAUCGCUUCUACAAACACAUGGGCCGUGCGGAGGAAAGCACCACACUUAACUACUUGAUCGAGCUGAUAGACAGAGUGGAUGAUAUCUACAGGAACACAUCCUGGGAUGAUGAUUUUAAAGGCUAUGGUGUUCAGAUUCAGCAGAUAAUCAUAAACAAGGACCCCACAAAAGUUGCCCCUGGAGAGUUUCACUACAACAUGGACGGCAGCCCAACAGGAAGAAAAGAUGGUGUGUGGGAUGUAAAGAAGCUUUUGGAACAAUUCAGUUAUGACAUAGCAGACAAUGCCUCUGUGGCUUGCCUUGCCCAUCUCUUCACCUAUCAGGACUUUGAUGAUGGCACUCUGGGUCUUGCAUACGUGGCGCCAUCCAAACCAGGAUUAGGAGGACUCUGCCCUAGACCCUACUUUCCAUCACAGUCUGCCAGGAAACCCAGUUAUCUGAACACUGGCUUGACAAGCACCAUGAAUUAUGGGAAAACCAUUCUGACUAAGGAAGCGGAUCUUGUAACCACUCAUGAGCUCGGACAUAACUUUGGAGCCGAACAUGAUCCAGACAAUAUCGCUAAUUGUGCGCCCAGUGACGACCAUGGCGGCAAAUAUGUUAUGUAUCCUAUUGCAGUCAGCGGAGAUCAUGCGAACAACAAGCGCUUCUCCACUUGUAGUAAGAUCUCGGUCAGCAAGACUUUAAGGAUCAAGGUCAGUCAGUGCUUUAAGGAGAGGAGCAGUAAGCUAUGUGGGAACUCGCGUGUGGAGGAGGAUGAAGACUGUGACCCUGGACUCCUUCAUAUCAAUGAUGACCCCUGCUGCACAUCUAAGUGCAAGUUUAGGAAACAGGCUCAGUGCAGUGACAGGAACAGCCCCUGCUGCAAGAACUGUAGGUUUGAAAGUGCAGAUAAGAUCUGUCAGGAGGUCAUCACUGCCACCUGCAAGGGCACGUCCCAGUGCACAGGCAAUAGCAGUGAAUGCCCCACUCCGGGUAACCUGGAUGAUAACACUGAGUGUGUGGACAAGGGCCGAUGCCAGAACGGCCAGUGCAGACCAUUUUGUGAGGCUGUGCAUAAUCUGGAGUCCUGUGCCUGCAAUGAGACGGAGAACUCAUGUAAAGUGUGCUGUAGGAAAGACGAGCUCUGUACUCCUUUUUCAAACGGAGGUUCAUUUCUUUACCUGCGCAAGGGCAAACCCUGUACCGUCGGCUUCUGUGACGGGGCUGGCAAAUGCAUGAAACAAGUCCAAGAUGUCAUUGAGCGUUUAUGGGACUUCAUAGACAAACUGGACAUCAACACUUUUGGGAAGUUCUUGGCUGACAAUAUUGUUGGAUCAGUGGUGGUCUUCUCUCUGCUGUUCUGGAUUCCUAUAAGCAUACUGGUGCACUGUGUGGACAAGAGACUGGAUGAACAAUAUGAGGAAAACACCAAAAUGAUGUACCCCAGUAGCGGAGAGAUACUGAGCAGUCUGGAAUCGGCGCCCAUCCGCAUCGUCAAGGCCCCUCAUGUGCAUUCAGCAGCAGCACGACCUCAGCUCUCAAUGGCCCCUACAGGCCCCGGCUCCACACCGGCACAGGAGACGCUCGGCGGCCCAAGCCAUUCCAGCCUCUCCGCCGCACCCAAAGCGGAUCAGCUGCGAAUGGCCACAAUCGAGGAGGACCCCAGCGGAGACUCCUUUCACCCAGACGAGGAGGAAGGCAUCCGGCUAAGCGGCACAGCUGCCAGGUCCUUCGAGGACCUCACCGAACAGGGAACGCCAUCACACAAGAGACGGCUGAAGAGACAGGCGCGCAUUGAGAGUAAGGAGACGGAGUGCUGAGGCCUGUGAAUGUAAGUCACAGAUCCACUCCAUUGAGACACGAGUUAAUCAGACUUCAGUUAGAAGUGUGUGUGUGUGGCGUGUAGACUGCUGACACGUUUCAGUUGGGUUUUAGAAAUGGUGUAGCAUUACUUUAAUGCACAGUGGCAGUUGUUACAGAUAAAGGGUCAGCAAAAGGGAUAGUUCACACAGAAUUGAACAUUUGUGGAUAUUGACACAAGCAACCUUUUUUUUUCUUCAGUAGAAUUUUAAAGAAGAUUUUCAGCAGUUGUUCAUAACUAUCCAGUGUGAAGGGCCUUCAAAUAUUGUGUUGGAGAUUGGGGAACUAGUCAAAAAAGUUUUAGGAUUUUUUAGGUCAAGGAACACUAUUAGUAUAGUAGGACCUAGCAAUGCUUUGAGGUCUUACAUAGCAAAACAUUUGGUCUGUGCAAGAAACUGGCCAUUAUUUACUACAUUAUUACCACAGGUAUGUGUUGGCAGCCAUUGACCUGCAUUUUAUAUAACUCCAAAUACAAUGGCUGGUGUUAAAAUCCUUCUUUAAUGUGCUACUGAAGAAUUUAGAUGUUUUUUGGUAACACUAUAAUUUCGGUCACAAUUCACAGUAUUGUCAAACCAUUAAACUAACACUACUAGCUUAAAUUAAUUGGAUAUUUAGCGGUUUAUUAAUAGUUAGUAAAGCAGAAAUUAGCUUUAGGUUUUGGGUAGGAUUAGGGAUGCAGAAUAAGAUCAUACCAACUACAAACGAACAGGUAACAUCUUAAUAAUAAGUAGGUAAUAAGCCAGUAGUUGAAAGCAUGAAUCGCGACCUAAACUAAAGUGUUACCUUUUUUUUAAAUAUACAUUUGGGUAAACUAUCCCUUCUAAAGCAUGUCCAAAACUGCCAAAAGAAAUUCUUAAUCUGGUAAAUGCAAAAUUCAACUUUGGACAGCAAAGCUUUGGCUGUAAAAUUCAAUUCAAGCAAAAAAGCCAUGUUUAAAGGUUGUUCAAACAAGAAACAAACCAGUUGACUUUUGUGGGCAAAAAAAAAGGUACAAACAACUGUUUUGUUUCACAGAAGAAAAAAAAUCUUACAGGUUUGUAACAAACAUGAAUAAAUAAAUAAUUGUAAUGUUUUUUUUUGUAAUGCAAUUCCAAAAUACGUAAUUCCACUGCAGUUUUUCAGUCAUUUUUAGUUGUUUCUAUAAGCUGAAGUGCAAAUCUGAAUAUAUUUUUAAGUAAUUCACAACCAAAUUUGCUGUCCAUGGGGCUUAAAGGGAUAAUUCAACCAAAAAUUUAAAUGU